GUUGGAAGGCGGCGGCGGGUUGAGGAUUGCUGUUAGUUUGCGCUGUGUUUAUUGUUAAGGUUGUGUGGAUUAGCACUGCAGUGGCCAGUUCGUAGCUAUAACAUCCAUAGUUUAACUAUAGGAUGAGUUAAAGAGGCGCGCUGGCGUGUGAGGAGCUGUAAAGCGGGGACGGACGCGGAGCUGACGGCUGGGAGGUGGGAACAACAUCUCCGGCCACAGGAGGGAGGAGAGACUGGGAGAAGAAUUUAAACCGGGACUUACUGAGUGACAUCACAGAGUGACCUGCCCCAGAGUACCCGGUUUCUGUGACCGCUGCAGUUUUCUGUUUAAAAAAAACAUGACUGAAGCCAUGAUCAUGCACCCAGGUUGAGUCCCACCAGGUUCCGUAAAACUUUACGAUCAUCUUGUCACCAGUCUGACCUGCUAAUGGCCAACUCUGUUGCCUUAGUGGUUCAAGCAGAGCUCCUGCCGCCCCAAUCCGCUCCCUCCCUCUCCUCCUUCCCAUCCCUGCUGGGAUCAGGGGAUGAUGGGGAGGACGACAGGGAGGAAGGGCAGCUGGUGGAUGGAGGCAAGGAGUUAGAGGAAGGUGGAGAGGAGGUGGUCCUGGACGUUGUUGCAACGUCUGGGUCAGAGCCAGCUUCAGUUCAGCAGCCUGAGCAGUCGGAACAUCCCUUUCAGUGUCUGGACUGUGGGAAGAGCUUCAGGUGGUCAUCCAGGUUGACCCACCACCAGCGCAGCCACAAUAAUGAGAGACCCUACCGCUGCAACCUCUGCCCAAAGGCCUUCAAGGGCUCCUCUGCUCUGCUCUACCACCAGCGGUCCCACUCAGGAGAGAAGCCUUAUAAAUGUGAUGACUGUGGCAAAGCCUUCAAACGCUCGUCCCUUCUCCAGGUCCAUCGGAGUAUUCACACUGGAGUCCGGGCUUUCUUGUGCCCCUAUUGCCCCUUAACCUUUAAAUGGAGUUCUCACUACCAGUAUCAUCUGAGGCAGCACACUGGGGAGUGUCCAUACCCGUGUGACACUUGUCCCAAAGCAUUUAAGAACUCAAGUAGCCUGCGGCGGCACAAAAAUGUCCAUCUGGGCCUUAAGCCUUACACGUGCUCGGUGUGUAACAAGUCCUUUACUCAGUCCACAAACCUGCGGCAACACAUGAGGAUACAUACAGGUGAGAGGCCGUACGUCUGCGGUGAUUGUGGUCGAAGCUUCACACAUUCAUCAAACCUGGCUUUGCACAAGAGCUCUCAUGCCAACCUUAACGCAGGUGUCAAGGAGAGGAAGAGGGGAGAGGAUGGGCCUAAGGGGAAUGAGGUAGUGGAGGUGGUGGUUGGGGCAGAGGAGGUGACAUCAACCAUUUUGACAGACAUGGUGGGGUUUGUGAGCCAGGAAGGAACUGAUGGAGUUGGCGUGGGAAUGGAAGAAGUGUUCCUGUCAACAACUUCCUCUGAUCAGAACCCGGGCCUUCUCCCACAGCUCACCCUCGCACCUUCCGGGGAGGAUGUGUGCACAUCCAGGGCUAUUGGGACAGAGGUCCACCUGAGCACCGACACCGGGGCAAGCGUCCUGCUGUACAGCUGCGGCAGCUGCAACCACACAUUUGGCACAAGAACUGAGUUGGAGCAGCACCAGACUAUCCACAUGGCUACUGGUGAACACGACACUAGUGGCGAGGCGGGGCAUGGAGCAGGGAUGGAGGUUGGAGAUGCACUUGUGGGAGCUGGACACCUGCUGGCUGACUUUGAAGAGGUGGUGGAAACCACCACUGUGGCUGAAAGUGGACAUACAACCAAGGUGCUCCUUGGUUUAGCAGAGGGUGUUGAUGACAGUAAUGCUAAUGUGGGCACCACCCAGGCCCAGUUUGACCUGCUGCAGAGCUUCACCAAGGUGACUCAGAGCUCCGAGGCCAUUCAGCCAGGGGCCAGAACCACAUGGGCAGGGCUGUCGUGUGGCUACUGCAGUAAGACCUUCAAGACUAGCGCAGGGCUCAACAGACAUGUGUCGCUGAUGCACUCUCUUUCAUCGCAGUCACGCUCCCAGUUCAGCUGCUCCGCCUGCGACCGCUCUUUCCCUCUGCUCUCGUCACUGCUCACCCACCAACACUCCCACACCCCGGAGCAGCGCCUCCUGGCCGAGGCAGAGGCCGAGAUAGUGUGUCCUCCGUCCCUUUCCCUGUCUCUGCCCUUGCCCUCCUCCCCCAGCCAGGCUGACAAGCAGCAGGAGGUCCAGAGGGAGAUCCACGUGGACAUCAUCGCUGUCGGCGAGGAGCAAGAGGAGCACCCAGCCAAACCGGCGAAAGCCCUCAAAAAGGCGGGAUCCGGGAAGAACGCUCCUGCUGGAGAAAGGCCGUACCGCUGUUUGGAGUGUGGAAAAGCCUUUAAAGGUUCCUCGGGGCUGAAGUACCACAUGCGGGAUCACACUGGCGAAAGGCCCUAUCGCUGCACUGAGUGUGGAAAGAGCUUCAAAAGAUCGUCUCUGCUCUCCAUCCACCAACGAGUACACACAGGAGUACGGGCGUUCCAGUGUCCCCAAUGCCCUCUAACCUUCAAAUGGAGUUCCCACUACCAGUACCACUUGCGACAGCACACAGGUGAGCGACCGUAUGUAUGCAAAGAGUGCGGCAAGUCCUUCAAGAACACCAGCUGCCUGCGGCGACACAGCCAGAUGCAUUCUGGGUUUCGGCCUCAUACGUGCUCCAUCUGCUCCAAGUCUUUCUCCCAGACGUCGAAUCUCAAACAGCAUGAAAGAACGCAUUCUGGCGAGAGGCCGUUUCAGUGCACGCACUGCAGCAAAAGCUUUACACACUCCUCCAACCUCCAGCUCCACCUCCGCACGCACUCUACAAGCAAGGACUACAAAUGCCCGUACUGCUCCAAGGAGUUUGUCAUGCACUCGUAUUUGCAGAGACACAUCCGUACCCACGGCAAUGGUGUUUCCCUCCCUGGGCCCGGAGGCGGAGGUAAGGAUGGCGUGGCUGUGAAGGCCAGCUUGGGUGGAGUCACAACCACCACAACCCUGCUCAAUCCCAUCACCCUGGAAACCAUGGGAAACAGCGGCAGCCUGAUCGUGUCCCAGCCAGCGCUUAAUAUACCCCCUAACACCUCCCAGAACUACUUCAUGAUUCAGACAUCAAACGGCCUGCAGCUCAUCCCUCUGUCACCCCCUGCUCUUCCACCUCCUCCUCCACCACCACCUCCAUCCCAAUCACAAAACUUUCUCCUCCUUCAGUGUCCCACCGCUAAUGGCAGCCAGUCCAGGCUUAUUCUUCUCCCCGCAGCAAACAACCCUCCACCAGCUCCAGAGCCACAGUCCCUUCCCAUUCUUCAGACUGUUCAAGCAUUCCAGCCUGUCCUCAACCAAACGCACACUCAGAUAUCCCAGUUUCAAACCAUAUCCCAGCACCAGCAUGCCAACAUCAUCAUUACGAACACUCCGCACACUCAGGUUGCCACGACGAACCACAGCAUCUCGGCUCUGCUGACCAAGCCCAUACUGGGGAAGAGCACACGGACCGCACGGGGCCGGCGCGGCCGCAAACCAAAAGCUGCUCUUCAGAAAACUGCAGCGUCUCCUGUCGGUCUGACUGCAGGUGGCGCCGUCCCAGUGAAAAACUGUAACACAGAAAGCGAUCCUCAGAUUGUUACUGUUAAUAACACAGGCUCUAAACUGUCCUGCUCUGCUGUUCAAACACUCACAUCCUCCACCACUGUAGCCCCCACCGAGGCCAUCUCAGGAGCCCCACCAGCCACCACAGAAGCCACAAAAUCACCUUCUGCUACCCCAGAGGACAUCCCUCAUUCCUCUAUGGAGCAAAUCGGGAAGGAGAGAACAAUGACGGGAAAACAGUUUGUUUUGUGCUUCGAAAACGCUGAGGAACUGAAGCAGGGGGUGAACGUGGAGGAGGGUGGGGACCCAUACGUGUUACAGUUUGAAGGGAAUCAGUCCGGGGAGGCAGCUGAUGAAGGGAUCAAUGGAGAAAGAAAGUCCAUUGUGUUGCAGUUUAAGACAGACGGACAAGAUGAAGGGGAAAAGGGCGGGAAUAAGGAGGGGGUGAUGUCACUUCUGCAUGAAUGGGGUGAAGCAAAGCAGGGCGGGAGUCAGGCAGUUGGGGAGGAAGGCCAGGGGGAGUCCUACAUCCUUCAUUUCCACACCGAAGCUCAGGCUAAUUCUCCAUCAGGUGCUACCUUCAACCAAGGACAAGACAACAGUGUUGAGCUUUCGUGUGCACCCACCCAGGCUUUUGUCCCCAUCAACGGACAAGAGGUGGUGUUUGACCAGAUGGAGGCAGAGGCCGAGCAGGGCGUGCAGAUGAUAGCGCUGAUUGAAGGCGAAGGGGAAAUGAUGGGAGAAGACGGGGCAGGUUGCAAUACCGGAGCUGAUGCCAUGGCUGAGGAUGAGGGAGGAGUGCAAAGCAUAUUCCAGCUUGAAAACGGAGAUGAAAUCGUUAUAAUCGAGGUAAGCACCAGCCAGCUGAGAGGUGAGGAGGGGGAGAUCUCCACACACAGCCAUGCAAAAGGUGAAGGCGUAACGGCGGACGUGAACGAAAUGUUGGCGAAAGAACACAGUUCAGUAGUGCAAACAUCGGCUGAAGACUCAAGAAAGAACUGCCCUAUAUCAAACUCUGAGGAGCUAAAGUUCUCCGAGUAAAUACCGGGUUCUUGAGAAGGUGAAUGAUUCACUUUGUGGGCUGGUUGGUAGCACUUUAGUCAUUUCAGUUCUCCUGGAAGGGAGAGCGAACAUGCAUUUAGAGAAGUAUUGUGUUGUAAUGCCAUGGUGCCACUUUCUAGAAAUGUUAUACAUUUAAAUAGGCUAAAACAUGGACCUUUAUUUCUGAAUGCAGUAGUUAAAUUAUACUGUCAUUGGCAGUUUGUUGAAGUAUGAUUUUGUUAAUAAGUGUUGUACAUGGAACACUUUCCUCGCAGUGUUGAUAGCAAAUAGUAACUAACUAAUAAUAAAUAUGUUAAUAUA